GUUAUGUCCAUGAGCUGUUUCGUGCGACCUCUCUCUCUCUCUCUCUCUCUCUCUCUCUCUCACUAUUUAUCUCUCUUUCUUUUUUCCGUCGACAUCUUUUUUUUGGUUCUGUUCUCUCGAGCUGCCAUUCAUCGAAUAAGCCUCUCUCUUCCACCAUCACAGCUUUGACAAAAAAAAAUCAUACUGGGGAAUGGCAGAGACUGUUGAUGAGGAUUCAGGAGUGGGAGAGGAGAGUAUAAAUGGACAAUACAGUCUAUCAGGAGAAGCACUCUCUCAGUGGAGGUCUUCUACUCAAGUGGAGAAUGGUACGCCAUCCACGUCCCCCUCCUACUGGGAUACCGAUGAUGAUGAUGAUGAAGACUAUGGCCUUAAACCUUCUCAGUUAUUUGUGAAACAUAAAUGGAAGAUAGAGAAAUACUCAGAGAUCAAGAAAAGGGAGCUCCGUAGCAGUGUUUUUGAAGCUGGCGGCUACAAAUGGUAUAUUUUAAUUUAUCCCCAAGGAUGUGAUGUUUGGCAUCAUCUCUCCUUGUUCCUGUGUGUUGCAAAUCAUGAAAAACUUCUUCCAGGCUGGGGUCAUUUUGCUCAGUUUACUAUAACUGUGGCCAAUAAAGAUCCAAAGAAAUCCAAGUUUUCAGAUACGCUGCACCGGUUCUGGAAAAAGGAACAUGAUUGGGGAUGGAAAAAGUUUAUAGAGUCACCGAAAUUAAAUGAAGGGUUCGUAGAUGAUUCUGACACUCUUACAAUUGAGGCUCAAGUUCAGGUCAUCAGGGAGAGGGUGGACCGACCUUUUCGGUGCCUUCAUCGUGGCUAUAGGAGAGAGCUUGUUAGGGUGUAUUUGACAAAUGUGGUGCAAAAUUGCCGACUUUUUGUGGAAGAGAAGAGAAGCAAGCUUGAGAGGUUGAUAGAGGACAAGGCAAGAUGGACGAGCUUCGGUGUUUUCUGGUUAGGGAUGGACCAAAACUCUAGACGUGGGAUGUCAAGAGAGAAAAUGGACAUAAUCCUAAAAGGAGUGGUAAAACACUUUUUCAUAGAGAAGGAAGUUACAUCCACUUUGGUGAUGGAUUUCUUGUAUAGUGGAUUGAAGGCUCUUGAAGGUCAAACUAAGAGCAAGAAGUCUAGGCCAAGAUCGUCAGAUCCCAAGGAAUUGCCAGCUCCGCUUGUUAGUGUGGACAAAGAUAUGUUCGUAUUAGCUGAUGAUGUGCUGAUUCUCCUAGAGAGAGCUGCCUUAGAACCAUUGCCUCCUAAUUCGGAUAAAGGUCCCCGAAACCGUACAAAGGAUGUAAAUGAUGGAGAAGAUAACAACAAUGAAGCCGUGGAGCGUGAUGAGAGACGUUUAACUGAGUUGGGUCGACGAACUGUGGAGAUAUUUGUUCUUACCCAUAUCUUCAACAGCAAAAUCGAGGUUGCAUAUCGUGAAGCUGUUGCGCUAAAAAGGCAGGAAGAACUAAUUCGUGAGGAAGAGGAAGAGUGGUUGGCAGAAACCGAACAGAGGGCGAAAAGAGGAGCAGCAGAGAGAGAGAAGAAAACGAAGAAGAAACAGGCGAAACAGAAACGAAACAGAAAUAAAGGGAAGGACAAAAGGAAAGAAGAAAAGGUGACUUUUGCAACACAUGAUGAGGAAGAAAAGGAUUUGGUCACAGAGAAAGCACAAUCCCUAGUUGAAAAGACUGAUACUCUUGGGGAUGUAUCCGACAUAUCUGAUUCUGUGGAUGAUACGGCCGCCGGCAUUCUUCACCCUGAUUUAGAAGAUGGGGACAGUAGUUCUGUUCAUUGGGAUACUGACGCAUUGGAAACUCAUCAUCCUCCAUCAGUAGGAGAAAACGCCAUUUCCAUAUCUACAACAGCCAAUGAAAUUGCAGAAAGAAAGAAUCAGUCCACUGUGGAAGAUAGUUCCUCGACUUGUUCUAACGAUUCUAUCAGGUCUGGGUUUACCAAUGGAUCCUACAAAGGGAAUGCCUUGAAUGUCCAAAACCAGAAUUCGCCAAACAAAGGAAAGAACCAACCAAGGAGUCAGAAUUCUACUUCUGAAUCUGACUGGGUUGUUGUCUCCCACAACCAAGAGCCAGAGAGCUCUAAGAAUCAUCGUAGUCCCGUUGGGAAGGAACGCAACGUGGCUCAAAUCAUUGUGAACUCGGUUGACAUGGAUCGACCUAAAGAGAAAAGCGCUGCUGUACUUACUGCUGCCAAGAAUCCUUCACCACUAACUCAGACAAAACUGGAGAAAAAGAGCGCAUACGCUGUUCCAAACAAGAAUGUGAUGCCAGCAAGUGGACCACCUUCAUCAAAUCAAGUAGUGCCGCCUUCUUCAGAUAUGCAAAAGAUCUCUGCUCCAAAACAACAACCUGCAACAACAACAACAACUAUAACAAGGCCUUCUAGUGCUCCAGUAAUCCCUGCGAUGCGACCAACCCCUAUUGUCGUCUCCUCGGUUCAACCAACAACAUCCUUUCCUCGGUCGGUUAGCUCAGCUGGUCGUCUAGGUCCCGAGUCUUCACUACGCAACCAGCAAAGUUACACCCCUCACUCCUAUAAACACGCCAUAGUCGGCAACUCUCCUGGUUCAACAACUAGUUUCAACCACCACCCAACCACAUUUCCAUCAGCAUCUUACUCACAAGCAGCGACAUCAUCUUAUCAGUCAAGCUUCCCGUUCAGUCAAGAUGGGCUCUUCUUGGGAGGAAGGAGUUUAAAUUCUGCAAACAUGGGCGUGAACAACCCUUGCACUCCCACCGUGACUAGCAAUUGUUCUCUGAACCACAUUGAGAUUGGGCGACAACAAGCACAAAACUUAAUGACCGACGAGUUCCCUCACCUCGAUAUCAUCAACGACCUGCUUGAAGACGAGAACUGCAGCAACAUGGUGUUUAAUGGAAGCAUGUUCAGUUCACAACCCCAGAUGUUGAACAGGCAGUACUCUUACCAUGGUGGUGGUAGUGGUGCUGAUUUUGGCAUCUCGGGUGAGUUAUCGUCUGGUGGCAGGUCCAGGAGUUUUGGAGAAGAGGGAUUCCACUACAUGCCACAUAGUGGUCUCUCUGCAGCAGGAGGGCCAUAUGCAGAUGGUUUGAGACCGACGAUGACGACGCAGUGGCAAAUGGCGAAUAUGGACUUGUCUUUACUAGGUUUGAGGAAUAGUAACUUGGGAGAUACAACAACACCAUACCAUAACAACACAUACUUUGGUUUGGACUCUUCGAAUCCGACUAGUUUUUCGUCUGGGAUUAAUGGCUACUCUGACUUCAGGCCCUCCAAUGGUCACUGAGGGCAGGCAGCAUCAUGAAGAGAGGGAGGGAUUAUAGGGGUUUUUCAGGAAUUUGGGAUUUGUAACGUUUUUAAUAUAUUAAAAAGGUUACCAUGAAAAUACAUUUCCUGUAAAAAAAAGAGUGUUUUCUUGUCUUCCUCUUACUUUUCAAAUGAAUCUCGUUUUCAUAUUUAUAUAUACAUACUUUUGUUCUGGAUU